AUGCAACUUCAAUACCGCAAAGUCCUGGUUUUUGGGGCCACCUCCGGCCUUGGAUGGGCUCUCGCCUCGAAGUUCGUCGAAACAGGGACGUCUGUCAUUGUCGUCGGACGACGAAAAGAACGCCUGGACGACUUCGCCAAACAGCAUGGCUCCGCGAGCAACGCCACCGUCGACACGGCGGUCUUGGACAUCACAAACCUUCAGGCAAUCCCAGGUUUCGCUUCGGAUAUGAUCAAGAAACACCCAGACCUGGAUUGUGUUUUCCUGAACUCUGGCCUGCAAAGGAAGAUCAACUGGGCCGAGCCAGAGAGCGUCGACCUCGAGACCAUCGAGACCGAGAUGCUCACAAACUACACUGCAUUCAUGCAUCUUACCAAGGCAUUCCUCCCGCUCCUGCAGAAGCAAGCGCCAAAGGAGACGAGCAUCGUCUAUACCACUUCAGGACUCGCGCUGGUGCCGAUCAUGUAUUGUCCCAACUACUGCGCUUCCAAAGCUGCCCUGCACCACAUGAUCCUGGUGAUGCGCGAGCAGCUUCGGGACGCGAAGAGCAACGUCAAGAUCAUCGAGCUGUUUCCUCCCGCUGUGCAGACGGAGCUGCACGACCACGAGUUUGGCGAUAAGGGCAAGCAGAUUGGCAUGCCGCUGAAGGAGUUUACCGAAGAGGCGUUUGAGGGACUUUGCAAGUCCGGCAAGGACAACGAACAGGUGCCGGUACAAGCUGUCAAGCAGUCUAUGGGCUUCGACGGGUGGGAGCAGGAGAGGCAGAAGAAGAUGUUCCAGAUGAAGGAGAUGAUGGAGAAGCAAAGUCACUGA